AUGAGUGGAAGACAUUUUCAAUGUUUGCUGCUUCUUGCGGCAGCUCAUGGUAGUCCACUGCUACGCGAUGCGACCGCGAAGGAUGGAGCACCGUCAGUCCGACGUCAGCGUGGCAGUGGCAGCGUGCUUCAAAUGCACACGGAGGCUCCCAUCGCCUUCCGAGAGGAUGGCAGGCUCUGGUUCUCGAGCAGCGCUGCGGGAGGCGGACGAGUGGAAGUAGAUGUCGAGAUUCCCAGGACGUUCAGUACCUUUAUGAGAGGCCUCAUGUUCCGGUCUGAACUGACGGAGGGCACUGCGAUGCUCUUCCAGUGGGACCGAGAUGGAGCCAGAAGCUUUUGGAUGGAAAACACCUACAUGCCGCUAGACAUUGUCUAUGUCAAUAGCGAGCACAGAGUAGUUUCAAUUAAGCAAGCUACUCCACUUUCCAGAAAGGGUGUGCCAAGUGAGCUGCCGGCCAGCUCAGCCAUAGAGCUACCUGAAGGCUGGUGCCGGCGGAACGGCGUCGGCAUCGGUGACACAGCAAUGUGGAAAGCUGAUACCCCAGCUUUCAUCGCAAGAGAUGCACCUGACUUCGGGGCCAGUCGCGCUGAGGUAGAGGAAGCCAUCCGAGAUGGCAGCUACCAAGCCUAG